GUCAAACUUUGGAAAGGCUGGUUGUAUGCGCUCACUGUGCUCGCACAUGAACACUGAAGGCAGCUGCUUCGAAAUUUCCCUCCUUUCCUAUCGCCAAUCCAUCCAUUCCUUGACAUCGAUCGUCUCGAUCAACCUAUCUGUCGAUAGACGAAGAAGGAUGGUCCUGAUUCUGAAUACUAGAUGGCUUCGAUCGUCGAUGUCGAAGAGAAUGAAUAUGGAAGGAUAUGUAAUCGAUGUUUCUCAUACAGCAUCUGUGAACGUCUCAUCUCCAAAGAAACCUUGUUGCUUGUUUAGGCUUCGAGCUCUUUCCCAUCCGAUAUCUUGCCGGUUUACUUCCGCCGAUAGCUUCGAACCGAGUUUGUUCUGUCCACCCUUACAUCCAAGGAACUGAAUACAGCACUGACAACGCACUCAGCUUAUAGGACGAUCGCUGAACCGCAGGAGAGGGUGUAUGUUUUGAAAAAAGUAACACUUAUACACACAUCGACCUCGUCUGCUAGAUAGGACCAUCACAUCCAGAUCCAUCGACAAAACAAGCCGAAAUCGCUCGAGGCACACAUCCACUUGACCCGAAUCGGCUCCAACGAAACAAACGACCAUGUCUCCGUCAACUAUUCCACCGGUCCAUGUCCCUCUGAAUCGAUACCAAUUCGAGCCCAGUUUAGAGGACGUCCAAGAUCUCAUUCUCAAUCAACAGAAGGGGAACUGUCUCCCGGUCUUCGUCUCGCUACCAGCAGACCUGCUCACCCCGGUCGCGGCUUAUCUAAAACUCACCAAUGGCGCACAGUGCCAGUCAAAGACUUCAUCCUCGGCGAGCGAUCAGACCGUCGAAGGCGUCGAGAGCUUCUUACUGGAGAGCGUGGUAGCCGGGAGUCACCAGGCUCGUUACAGCUUUGUCGGUAGCAAUCCUUCAAGGGUCCUCAGGACGGGUGAAAACUAUGCAUUCAAGGGUGACCCCUUGAUUCCGCUGGAGGAAGAACUCAACAAGUACAAAUAUGUACCUGUGCCCGGAAUCCCCCCAUUCACCGGCGGCGCAAUAGGGUAUGUAUCUUACGAUUGUGUCUUCCACUUCGAGCCCACCACCCGCCGUCCCUUGUCGGACCCGAUUGGGAUGGCCGAGUCGGCGUUCAUGAUUUGCGAUACCGUCGUGGUAUUUGACCAUACCUUUCAAACCGUCAAGGUCGUCUCCAAUGUCAUCAUCCCCUCGGCCUCGUCCCCCACAGCAGACCAGGUCAGCGCGGCCUACGAACGCGCUAAGGUGAAGAUCAUUGACGUGUGCAGUCAAUUAGAAUCCAGUCAUGUUCCCCUACCUGUACAAGAACCGAUUCCAUCCAAAGAAGAACGUACACCGCCAGUCAGUAACGUGGGUAAGCAGGGCUAUGAGAGCUUCGUUACCAGCCUCAAGCAAAACAUCUGCAAAGGUGAUAUCAUUCAAGCCGUUCCUAGCCAACGUCUGAAGAAAGAAACCCGACUUCAUCCGUUUAACGUCUACCGGCAUUUGCGUCGACUCAAUCCUUCCCCCUACAUGUUCUAUAUCAACUGUGGUCAGGCGGUCCAACUGAUCGGGGCCUCACCGGAAUGUCUGUGCAAGGUGAGUCCGGGCGGGGUUGUCGAAAACCAUGCGAUUGCGGGGACGAUCCGGAGAGGAAAAAGCUUGGCGGAGGACGAAGUGUUGGCUCAGGAAUUGCUCGGCUCAAUCAAGGAUCGUGCCGAGCAUGUGAUGUUGGUCGAUCUCGCUAGGAAUGACGUCAAUCGCGUCUGUCGGCCCGAGACCGUCAACGUCGAUAGCUUGAUGGCUGUAGAAAAAUUCAGUCAUGUCAUGCAUCUUACUAGUCAAGUCAGUGGUGUCUUGAGAGAAGGUCUCACGAGGUUUGAUGCAUUUAGAUCGAUCUUUCCGGCGGGGACGGUCUCAGGAGCGCCGAAGCUGAAGGCAAUCACGUUGGUAGCCGAGUUAGAGAAGGAGCGACGAGGCUCGUAUGCGGGCUCGGUGGGCCGGUUCAACUUUGAGGAGUCGGCGAUGGACACUUGCAUUGCGAUCCGGACAAUGGUGGCUAAGGAUGGGGUGAUCUAUCUCCAGGCUGGCGGCGGGAUCGUCCAUGACAGCGUCGAGGAGGACGAGUACAUCGAGACUAUUAAUAAACUUAAGGCUAAUGUGACUUGCAUCGAAUCCGCUGAAGACUAUCAUUAUAACUUAGAACAAUUAUCAAAGGCCGCCAAACAAGCAUAAUACACCCCCCCCCGAGAAUACUCUUUCUUUUGCAAUCAAGUUUGUAUAUUUUAUUAUGGUUGAUUUGAAUCCAUGAGACAGAUAUAUUUUACCAGCACAUUAUCCAUCUAUAUAAUAUACCUAUACCAUCCAAUCUUAUCUAUCUUGUGUCGGGUUGUCUAGAUCGUUAACUAGAUCUUAUCAAUCAAUACCUGCACUCCGCAAUGACAAUGCUUGGAGAGUGUGCUUUCAAUCAGACAGCUCUAUUAUGACUUCCCACUCUUGUUGAAAAUUUUUAGGGGAUUUUUCGCCACCAUAUGGGGAGACUCUCAGAUUUAUGCAUUCAUCAACUAGAAUUAGUCAUUGAGAUUCAUCUUGGGAGGAGGGCAUAGUUAGCUAAUUUGUCCAAUGCCCCCCCCCACUCAUCUGGAAUUUUGAUAUCAGUGGUUUGUCAGAUACCAGUGGUAUACCACGGAAAUCUGAGGAUCAAGAACCUCAAAAUUGUGUCUUACUUGUCCAGG